GUCGGGACCUCUGGCGUGGGUGGUUUUUGCCAUUUCCUUCUCGACGCAGUAGAACUCGAAGAUAAGCAUUUGCCACAGAUGAAAGUGCCUGAGAGACAUAGCUUGUGCAGUUGGGAUGAGAAGGUCGCUUUAGCAAAUGCGCGUGCUCGCAAGGACAGAGCCAGAGCCAGAGAUGUACUAGCGGAAUGAUUGUCUGAAAAUUGCCCAAAGCCAUCGACCGACAAACCUCACCAAAUAGUAUUGUAACAAGACGAACUGUCCAAGCUUACUCUUAUUGAUCACAGAUUUAGCUGACUGUGACCAACUUCCAGGCCCAUUGAGGAAGUUCAAGUCGGACCUUGGAUUCACGACUCAUUCUUGGGGCUUCGCGAUGAGGGUUAUUGGUUCUAGGUUCGCUUGACGACAGGCGUUGAUGAUGGGUGUGGCGGAAUCCUUAAUGCCUUCUCAUGACCGAUAGUCCUCACCAGCCGAUGUUGAACCGCGGAUCACAAGCGUCUUGUCCACAUCAUGGAUGGUAUACAUCAGGAUACACGAUGGAUCUACUCCGAAGUCAGAGUUGACAAAGAAAUCACUCGCUGUUUUAGCCGGGGUCGGAGGAGGAUGAGGAGAUUUAGUAAAGCAGCGACAUUAUAUUACUGCAUUGAGACUGCGCGUCUUUGAGGAAAAAAAAGUCGAGGAUGGAGAUGGUCACAGUGCCACAUUAUCGUCAAUCAACUACAUACAGUUGGACUACUUUCUUUGACAGGAUCAGGGCGGCAAAAGCACAAAUGCUUCAGCGUUGAUUUCUUGAUCCAUUUGUUGGGGCUAUACAUUUUUUUUUCUGAUUUGUAUUGUUACUGCUCCUUUUGCAUCGACUAAUACGAUCUACCCUCGAGUUGUCUAUCGAUGCUCAUCACCUCGGUUCGCCAGCAUGUCUGUCUGCGCUGUCAAUACCGACUUCUGGCCUCCUCGGCCGAAAUUCGCCCUGUGUAUAGACCUAGCCUUCUCAUCGCCCGCUCUUUCUCCUCGUCACUAGGCCGCAGGUACGCCGCUACCCAAGAAGUACUGAGUACAACCGCACCGGAAGCAGACCCUCUCCAUGUUUCUGCCGGGCCAAAAAAUAGCACAAUUCCCAAUGUUGCAUCUCAACCACGGUCCAGCCCACGGCCGAUCUCAGUGCAAUCUUCAACGAAACAGCAGCAUGAUCUCGAGACUCUUAAAUACGUUGGCGACUGGCUCCGCAAAGCCUGGCAUGAGGAAAGAAGUCCUCCUCGCCCCACGUUGACAAUUGUACGCCUGUUGCGAACACAAAAAACCUCGAAAAUGCCUAGGCAGCCACAUGCAGAGAAAUGGAUAGCAAAAGUUGAACAAAAGUAUGCUGGGCAGCGUGUUGGCAACGUUAUUCACGCGAUCGAUUCCAUCAACAUCAGCGUUGACAAGAACACGUGGACCCAGGUCACCUACACAGGCAAACUCGCCCAGAGUCUUUUGAUCUGCUUCGGGAUCAUCAAGCCUAGGGGAAAGGAGUCUGGCUCUGACAUCUAUCGCUUCGUAUCUUCUCCAUUGGCAGAAAAAUCCACUCAGGAGGAAAGGCAAAUGGCCAGGCAAAGGAGAAUAUCCCCAAAGCGGACGGAGAUCUUAUCAACGACGUAUUCCCAUCGCCUGAGACCCAGAGCCGGGAGCGGUACCCGCACCGAAUUGGACACCGCAACUCCUGCCACAGUCGACCGGGGGCCAUCAACGUCGUCAGCGGCAAAAGGAGCAAAGGCGGCCAAGGUCGCAAUCGCCAAUAUGGAUGCACGAUAUUUGCAAGUUGCCAGAUCGCAUGAGCUCGGUCUUGAGCCGAUUGCGGUUGAGCGAGCCAAGAUUCCAACUCUGAGUUUCGACUUAUCACGGGUUCUUUUCAACCCAGGUGUAUAUCACCUGCAAGACCCGAGGUCCAGAGUGUGGAAUUUUGAUCCAUACCUUGGCAAGAUCAUGCCGGUGUCUGAGUUCAAUUUUGACGCAUUACGAGAAUACAUUACAUCGUCGCAAGACACACAGCUUCGGGCUUUGACGGCGGCACACAAGAAACGGUAUUCUGGAUCCAGCUCGAGUCUUUCUGGGAUUCUGUCUCACUUUCACUUUCUGCUUUCGGGAUUUCGCAAACUCCGUGUGGACGGAAUUACGCGAGGAUUCGAGGACGACCUCACGAGCUUCACCAAGAUCUCGCGAAGUCCUUCAGCGAUUUUUCUUCGAUACCAAGACGGGGUGUAUGCUGUGGACGUGGACAAGGAAUACGAUUCGAACAACAUACUCAUGAGUUUGGGACGAUCGAUGGAAAAGUUGUUGACGCUGCCCAAGGAGGAGUUUGAGCAAUAUCGAAAGGGGUCAUCUUCCGCGGAGGACAAAGCGAGGUUGAGUGAGAAGAGCUUGCAAGAUGGAGAGGCCUAUCACUACAGCGAGGUGGGGUCUUUUCUCCUGCGGUCGCAACUUGAUUGCAAAGAUGAUCGGUUGCCAGGUUCGGGGGUAUUCGACCUCAAGACUCGAGCAGUGGCAGGCGUGCGAAUGAUGCUCAAUAAUCAUGAGGAAGGGAUGGGUUAUCAGAUCAAGUCGCGACACGGAACUUGGGAGUCGUUUGAGCGCGAGUACUACGACAUGAUGCGGUCGGCAUUCCUGAAAUAUUCCCUUCAGGUGCGGAUGGGCCGCAUGGAUGGAAUUUUUGUGGCAUAUCACAACAUCCAGCGGCUCUUCGGCUUCCAGUACAUUCCGCUUCCAGAGCUCGACUUGGCGCUGCAUGGGCAGACAGAUGAGUCGCUGGGAGACCGGGAGUUUGUGCUCAGUUUCAAGCUUUUGGAACGUAUCAUGGACGAAGCGACGGAGAAAUAUCCGAAACAGUCGAUGCGAUUCUAUUUUGAAACUCGAGAAGCAACGGAAGCCAACCCUGCAUUCAUGUAUGUAUUUGCGGAACCGAUGAGUGAAGAGGCGAUUGAUCGAAUCCAAAAUGCUCGAAAACAGAAGAGUGCAGAGUAUGAAAAGCGGUUGUACAACCCUCAGUUGACCGAAAGCGAGGUGUCAGGGGCCGGGGUGGGUGAGGAAAAGACCGAGGAGGCGGAAAUGAAAGAGCUGGACGAGGCAAAGACCAAGGAGGCCGAAGUCAAAGAGCUGAUGGGAUGGAAACUGACUGUGCGCAAUCUAGUCAACGGACUAGCGGUUCCAUAUCCCAGGAAUAUGACGGCGAAAGACACUUGGGAUGUUGAGCAUAGCCUGGUUCCAAUGGAUAACAGCAGUGCUCAGCGCCACUAUAGGUUGUCCAGAGGAAGGCUGAGAAAUGUGAUGGAAGCGUUGAACGAAGAACGAGCAAGGUCGGUCUAUUAUAUCAGACGCUUGGUCACCCUCAGCCAGGAAGGAGCCGAGUGGCGACGACUACAAGACGAGUAUGAGGCAACGCAAAAGAGGAUUCUGCUGUACGGGGGCGGGGACGAGGAGUAUUGAACGGUGGAAAGGGCUGCAGUGUACAACAGGGACAAGACAAAUCGAGCGUUGUAUCAUAAUUAUGAGAGGAAGACUGUAGGAUGAAUGUGUACAAAUUGCACAUGUUUGAGCAUAGAGCAUAGAGUAUAUGCGAAAUAAUAUUGAAGCUGGUCGAGUUA